AUGACUGAAGAGAAGAAGUAUUCCGGCGAGUUCGUCAGGGAGACAUAUCCCAGCGACCAUGAUGUCCAACAGGGCUCAUACACCGACAACUCGGAUGACCUACAGCGUCAUCUUGGCAAUCGUCAGAUUCAGCUGAUUGCCAUCGGUGGCUCUAUCGGUACAGCGCUGUUCGUAAGUGUUGGCGGUGCCCUCAACAAGGGUGGCCCCCUAGGCAUGCUCAUCGCCUACUCUGGAUACUGCUGUAUCAUUGCUCUGGUAAACAACGCUAUGGCCGAAAUGGCCACCUUCAUGCCCGUCUCUGGAGGCUUUAUUCGAAUGGCAGGUCACUGGGUUGAUGAGGCGUUCGGCUUUGUUGCUGGAUGGAACUUCUUCCUUUACGAGGCACUGCUCAUUCCCUUCGAAAUCACCGCUCUGAAUCUUGUCCUCAAAUAUUGGCGAGACGAUAUUCCUGUAGCCGCAGUCUGUGCUGCCGUCAUUGUCUUAUAUGGUUUAUGCAACAUCCUUGCUGUCAAAGCAUACGGAGAAGCUGAAUUCUGGCUGUCAGGUGGCAAGGUCCUCUUGAUCUUGAUCCUGUACCUCUUCACAUUCAUCACCAUGGUCGGUGGUAACCCCCGGAAGGAUGCUUAUGGCUUCCGUUACUGGCGCAACCCCGGCCCAAUGAAUCCCGCAGGCAACGGUGAUCUUGGACGAUUCGAGGGUUUCCUCGGAGCCCUCUGGGCUGCCUCCUUCUGUGUCGUUGGCCCCGAGUACAUCUCCAUGGUUUCCGGCGAGGCCAAGCGUCCUCGUGUCUACAUCAAGAGCGCCUUCAAGACAGUCUACUUCCGUUUCGGUGCCUUCUUCAUCCUUGGAGCCCUUUGCGUCGGUGUGGUUUGUGCGUACAACGACCCCGAACUCGUCUCGGUCCUCACUGCUGGCGAGAGCUCUGCUGCCGCAUCACCCUAUGUCAUUGCCAUGAAGAACCUCAACAUCAACGGCCUUCCCCAUCUUGUCAACGCCCUGUUGAUCACCAGUAUCUUCUCGGCUGGAAACACAUACACGUACUGUGCUACCCGUAGCUUGUACUCGCUCGCCAUCGAAGGUCGUGCCCCCAAGUUCCUGCGCAAGUGCACAAAGAACGGUGUCCCGAUCUACUGCUUCGCCGUCGUCAUGAUCUUCCCAUUCUUGUCGUUCCUUAACUUGUCGGACUCGGCCUCCAAAGUUCUCACAUGGCUCACGAACAUCAUCACUGCUGGUGGUCUCAUCAACUACAUCAUCAUGUGCAUCACGUACAUUUGCUUCUUCAGAGCUUGCAAGGCGCAGGGUUUGGACCGCAAGACUCUGCCAUACACCGGAUACUUCCAGCCUUACGGCACGUACAUCGCACUAGCCUUCGAGGUCGUUGUCGUGUUCGUUUAUGGGUACAGCACGUUCACUGGAAAGUUCUCUAUCGAGUCGUUCUUCACAUACUACACCAUGCUCAUCCUCGCUCCCAUCCUGUUCAUUUUCUGGAAGGUGCUCCACAAGACCAAGUUCAUUCCCGCCAGCCAGGUCGACCUUGUCUGGGACGCUCCUCUCAUUGAUGCGUACGAAGCGUCGUUCACAACACCUCCCGUGUCUUUCUGGACCGAGAUGCUCCAGCUCGUUGGUUUCAAGCGAGGGGUUGCUGUAGAUAAGCGCGCUGUCUAAGUGCUCUUGUACGGAUCGUUCUAUACGCACAACAGACAGUUUGUGCAGAACACCCAAAGCGAUUUGCUAUUAUCUUACGAUUUGCAACGGUCUGAUGACAUUCAUUGACCAUUUGGAGUUGCCUUUUUAGCGCUGACUGAAAUCGAUACCCCAUUCGCUCU